CUCCUGUCCCCUGCAGCCUCCUCGGCAGCCUCUCUUCCUCCUGGCAGAGCGUCCAGCCCCGGCCUGCUCCUCCCAGGGUCCCGGGCGCCUCUGGCGGGAGCUUCCCUCCCUCCCUCCCUCCCUCCCUCCUGUAACCGCUAGCUCCUCCCCUCUCCUGCUCCUCUCCCCGUUCACCCCAUCCCUGCCCCGACUCUGCAAACAUGAGGGUCUUGGCCUGCCUCCUCGUGGCUCUGAUGGGGACCCAGGCUGUUGAGCGUCUGCGUCUGGCCGACGGCCCCCACGGGUGCGCGGGCCGCCUGGAGGUGUGGCACGGCGGGCGCUGGGGCACCGUGUGCGACGACGGCUGGGACCUGCGGGACGCCGCCGUGGCCUGCCGCGAGCUGGGCUGCGGGGGCGCGCUGGCCGCCCCUGGAGGCGCCUUCUUCGGGGAGGGCGCGGGGCCGGUGUGGCUGAGCGAGCUGGCCUGCCGGGGCGGUGAGCAACAGCUGGGCCUCUGCCCCCACCGCGGCUGGAAGGCCCACAUCUGCUCCCACGAGGAGGACGCAGGCGUCGUCUGUGCAGGUCAGCGCGUGUUGGACUCCAGGGAUUGGGACGAGUCACCUUCAGUCCUGGACGGGGAGCCCUGGCCGGGGCUGUCUGGGGAGCCGAGCCCCGGCUCUGAGGAGGCCCUGGUGAUGCCUGCCCCCCGCCCGGCCGGGACCCCCCAGAGCAGCUCCCGGAAGAAGAGCCCCCGGCCGUCCAAGCCUGCCAAGUCCACUAGGGCCCCUUUGCUGACUGUGGGAGCCCCCCGCCAGGAACGGCUGCGCCUCGUCUCCGGCCCCCACGGGUGCGCUGGCCGCCUGGAGGUGUGGCACGGCGGGCGCUGGGGCACCGUGUGCGACGACGGCUGGGACCUGCGGGACGCCGCCGUGGCCUGCCGCGAGCUGGGCUGCGGGAGCGCGCUGGCCGCCCCCGGCGGGGCCCGGUUCGGCCCGGGCACGGGGCCCGUGUGGAUGGACGACGUGGGGUGCGGAGGCGGGGAGCAGGCCCUGCGGGACUGUCCCCGAAGCCCCUGGGGCCGGAGCAACUGUGACCACAGCGAGGACGCAGGACUGGUCUGCACCGGCCCGGCCCCCAGGCUGCGUCUGGCCGACGGCCCCCACGGGUGCGCGGGCCGCCUGGAGGUGUGGCACGGCGGGCGCUGGGGGUCCGUGUGCGACGACGCCUGGGACCUGCGGGACGCCGCCGUGGCCUGCCGCGAGCUGGGCUGCGGGGGCGCGCUGGCCGCCCCUGGAGGCGCCUUCUUCGGGGAGGGGACCGGACCCAUCCUCCUGGACGAUCUCCGCUGCCGGGGCAACGAGACGGCCUUGCGCUUCUGCCCGGCGCGGCCCUGGCGCCAGCACGACUGCCACCACCGGGAGGACGCCGGGGCCGUGUGUGACGGCAUGCCUCUGGGCUAUGUCCCUCCCACGGCCCCCGCGGUGGGCAGCGCCAGCUCCAGACCCAGGGAGGCCGCGUCCAGGCCCCCACGCCCCCCGGCGAGCCAGGCCCCGUGGAGAGCAGGCCUUUCACCUCCGCCCGCUUCCCCGACUGGCCCUCAGGAGCCUGGACCGGAAGCUGGGUCCCCCCUGCUGCGCCUGGUGGCCGGGCCCAGCAGGUGCUCAGGCCGCCUGGAGGUGUGGCACGGCGGGCGCUGGGGCACCGUGUGUGACGACACCUGGGACCUGCGGGACUCGGCUGUGGUCUGCCGCGAGCUGGGCUGCGGUGGACCCCGGCAGCCGGACCCUGCUGCCGGCCGCUUCGGCUGGGGCGCCGGCCCCAUCUGGCUGGACGACGUGAGCUGUGUGGGCACCGAGGCGUCCCUGGCUGACUGCCCUGCCGCUCCCUGGGGGAAGCACAACUGUGCCCACAACGAGGACGUUGGAGUUACCUGCACCGGGACCCCCGGCCUGGACUCCGUCUCAGACCCCUUCAGCUGGAGCUGGAUCCCUGGCCUGGGUAGAGACCCGGAUGCCUGGCUCCCGGGGGAGCUGGCCACCAAGCCCUCUGCCAGGCGGACCCCCAGCGUUCCUGAGAAAUCCACCACCAAGGCCCCAGGGAAGACACCCAAAAGCACGAAGAAGUGGGUGACCAAAAACGCCAAGAGACCGACCACUCAGCCCCCCGUGGUACCAACCACUAAGCACUCCAGGGCCACGGGCACCCAGCGUCCCCCAGAACUGACCUCACUGACCACCACCACUCCGACCGCUGAGGCCUCCCGAAGACCGACCUCCGAGUUGACCACCAGGCCGACCACAGAGGCCCCUCACGGGCUGACCUCACACAGCACCGAAAGGCGGACCCCCCGGGCGCGGACCUCUAAGACCCUGGCCACCCCGACCACCCAGGGCCCCCGAGGACUGACCUCUGAGGCCACCACGGAGCCAUCGGCCGAGAUCCCGGGAGUAGGUACCGCAGAGUCCUCCAAAGAGCCAGCCCCCUCCCCCACUGGGGCAUCAGGCCUGUUCCGGGUUCGUCUGGCCGACGGGCCCAACCGGUGCGCCGGGCGGCUGGAGGUGUGGCACGCCGGGCGCUGGGGGACCGUGUGUGACGACGGCUGGGACCUGCGGGACGGCAUGGUGGCCUGCCGCGAGCUGGGCUGCGGGGGGGUUCGGCCCCGAGUGGGCAAAACCCACUACGGCCCUGGCGCCGGGCCCAUCUGGCUGGAUGACGUGGGCUGCAAGGGCAGUGAGGCCUCGCUGAGCGACUGCCCCGCGCCGGCGCGGGGGCAGCACAACUGCGACCACGAGGAGGACGUGGGGCUCACCUGCACCGGCUAUGCAGACGAGGAAGACUACCCCGCCUGGACCUGGGACCCCACCUCGGGAGAGGACCUGGCCAAGGGGACCACCGCUGCAGCGGCGCCCGCACACACUCCCUCCGGGGGCACCGCGGGGAGCCCAGGGGCCCCCUCCCCAGCGACGAGGCGCCUUCCAAGCGCAGGUGGUGAGGAUGGUUAUGAGCCUUCUUGGACGUGGGACACACCUUCAGGAGAGGUCCCGGCCAAGGGGACCCCCACCGCAGGCAUACCUGGACCCCCUGGCACCGCUGGCACCGUCAGCAGCCCAGGCCAUCCCUCUCCAGCUCCAAGGGUCCGUGGGGAUACAGGUUCACUGAAGAAACCGUGGCCCGAGCGACGGCUGCGGCCCACAGCGGCCAGGACUGCGCCCCCCACCACUUCCCCAGCUCCCUCCGCCUCGCCGGGGUCCCCGGGGCCUGUCCUGACCUCUGACUCCGCGCCGCAGCUCAUCCCCACAGCAGCUUCAACGCAGGAGGUGACCUCUGACCCUCCCGCCACUUUGCCGCCCAGCCCAGACCCGGCCUCCUGGAUGAACUCUCACCGCACCUUGACAACCCCUGGCCUUACCUUGUCCACCCCUGAUGCCACCGUGUUUCCAGCGCUGACCCCUGGGCUUUCACCCACUCCACCACCCACCAUGCCCAAAGAACUGACCUCUGACCCCUCUGCACCGGCGGUGGUGACCGGCCUUUCCCCUACCUCAGAGCUGACCCCGGAGUCUGACAUAAUCCCAGGCUGGGACACAUCUCCAUACCCCAACACAACUCCAGAACCUUCUAGUUUCCCAGACCCUUCCACAAGCCCUCACCCCACUACCAUCGCUCACUCCACCAUGACCUCUCACCCUACCACGACCUCUCACCCCACUACCACCCCUUACCCCACCACGACCCCUCACUCCAAGACCUCUCACCCCACCACGACCUCUCACCCCACCACAACCCCUUAUCCCACCAUGACCUCUCACCCCACCGCCACCCCUUACCCCACCCCCACCCCUCACUCUACCUCAACCCCUCACCCCACCACAGCCCCUCCUCCCAUCACCAGUGCUCAACCCAUCACAACCCCUUACCCUGCCACGACCCCUCACCCCAGCACCAUCCCUCAACCCACCGCAACCCCUUACCCCACCACAACCUCUCACCCCACCACGACCUCUCACCCCACCACGACCUCUCACCCCACCACAACCCCUUAUCCCACCAUGACCUCUCACCCCACUACCACCCUUAACCCCACCACGACCCCUCACUCCAAGACCUCUCACCCCACCACGACCCCUUAUCCCACCAUGACCUCUCAUCCCACCACCACCCCCACCCGUCACUCUACCUCAACUCCUCACCCCACCACAGCGCCUCCUCCCAUCACCAGCGCUCAACCCAUCACAACCCCUUACCCUGCCACGACCCCUCACCCCACCACCACUGCUUACCCCACCAUGACUCCUCACCCCACCUCAACCCCUGUGGUCACUGCCAAGUCCCUUCUAACUUCCUUGGGAACAGAACUUCCCUUUCCCUCUUCAGCACCAACAGUCAAGCCCAGCCCACACCCCCAGUUGACCCUCACGGGGGCCCCUCGCCCCUCCACAUCCCAGAUGUGGAGCCUCGAGUCCUCUCCAGCAGCAGCGUCCAGCCCCUGCAGGCCCUCUCCGGCCCCCAGCAUAGACACACUGUCCGCUGGGAACCUCGAACCACCCACAAGCCGGAGCCCCAAAGGAACCUCGCCACCUACCCAGACUCCACACUCAGCCUCUGGCCCCACUGUGACCCCUGGCCUCCACCUGUCCCCUAGGGCCCCCCCCUUGGAUCAACCUUCCCCUGACCGCCUCACCCGAGGGCCAACUCCUGGUCAGAGCCCAGGCCCCCUUGGCCCGUGUGAAGCCCCAGUGCCACCUGUGAGGGUCACGGCUUGUGAUCCGCCUGCCCUGGUAGAGCUGGUGGCCGCCGUGAGGGAUGUGGCUAGCCAGCUACAGAGGGUGACGCAGGCCCUGGAGCGGGACCGGCAGGAGCGCCAGGCCCUGGGACUGGGGCUGACCCAGCUGGUGGAGGCUGCCCAGGGUCUGGGGCAGCUGGGUGAGGUGGUAAAGAGACUGGCAGAGGUGGCCUGGCCCCCCAGCACACCUGCACCCACCACUACUGCCCCAGAGGAGGAAGAGAGGCCUCUGCGGGGAGACGUGUGACCUUAUCUGGGGUCUGAGGGACUUAAGAUGCUCCCGAACCGAAGGGGGAAAACCGAAGUAUCUAAUUAAAAACCAAAUGUGAAUGAUG